AUGCAUCCGACGUCUGGACAGCAAAUUGACCAUGCAUCUGUCAUAAAACUACCAGGCAUCAUCCCUUGCCGUUAUUGGAUCAUGCUGAUGAGUGGCGUUGGGCUGAUGAUCUCUUAUGCAGACCGGUCAAAUGUUGCUGUGGGUAUUGUGGCGAUUGGGCGCGAAUACGGGUAUACGAAACCCCAGCAAGGACUUAUCCUCGCCUCGUUCUUUUUCGGCUAUAUCCUGACGCCGAUCAUGGGCGGUGCCCUUGCGGACCGAUAUGGUGGCAAAUCCGUCCUCGCGAUAGGCGCAUUGGCAUGGUCAGUCUUCACGUUGCUGACGCCAGUAGCAUCUGGAUCCGGACUUUUUUGGAUCGUUCUUGUCCGCAUCGCGCUCGGACUUGGCGAAGGUGUCGCAUACCCCUCUAUCCACGCAAUGAUCGGAACUUGGAUACCACCCAGCGAACGAUCCAAAGCAGUGGCGACAAUCUGGGGAGCAAGCGACCCUCUAUCGUGCCGAUGGAUUACCGAGCAUGAAAAAUACUGGAUUCUUGAGCAGCAGCAGCUGGACCAGACCGAGCAGGAUGAUGCAUACCAUCACCGACGCAGUGCAGAGGAUCUGCGCGAUACACGUGAACAAAUUCGAACCGUUGACAAUGGCGGUUCUCCAGUGACCUAUCAGUCCUUGCCAGCCAUCAAUCACUCAGAGCAUAAUAUUUCGUUGAGAGGCUCUGAAGACAGCCAGACUGCGCUCCAGGCGUCUACUUCGUCCAUGCAGCCCAACUCGGAUGAAAAUGAUUUAGUGUAUAGGAUGGAUGGUGCGUCAGCACAGUCCUCGCGCUGGCAGGCAUUUCGAGACCGGAUUCGGUCAGGCGGUAGCGAUGGCGGUUUACGGAGAGCACAAAAAAAGGAAGCGGUGCCGUGGAGAGCGCUGCUGGCACGAAGAGAGGUCUGGGCUAUUAUUCUUUCACAGCUGUUCAACUCUCUCGGGUAUUUUGUGAUGCAAUCGUGGGUGCCGACGUUCUAUCUGGAUUUCUAUGGUGUAGAUGUCGGCAAGAUCGGUUACUACGCAGUUGUACCAUCCGCUGUGCAAGGUAUCAUGGGAUUGUUGGCAGGAUACUUGGGCGACAAGGCCAUUGAAGACUGGGGAUGGGCAACAUUAACGGUGCGGCGGGCCAGUCAAACAGUUGGAAGCAUCGGCUUAGGUCUGUUCUUACUGCUAGCUGUCAAUUUUGCGCAUACGGCACCCUUGGCGAUGAUCCUGAUCAUGGUCGGCAUGGCCUUGAAUGGUUUCACGAUGAUCGGCGCGUCUGCGUACCAGCACGAUUUUUGUCCGCAACACGCGGGGUUCAUCUUCUCGCUCGGCAACACCGCAGGGUCAAUCCCUGCCCUCUUAGGUGUCUUUCUUGUUGGCGUGCUUCUUGACCGUCAUGACGGUACAAAUCCCUGGAGCAUUAUCUGGACGCUGGUCUGCAUAUUUUACGUUGUGGGGACUGCGGCAUUCCUAUUACUCUCAACGCACAAGAAAUUUCUACAAUAG